AUGGCGACUUUAGAAGAACUAGAGUCUCAACAAAAUCCGGGAGAAAUUGAGAUCGACCAAGAGAUCCUAAAUCUGCCCACAGCAGAGCUCCAGACAAGAACUAAACUACUAGACAAUGAGAUUCGGAUAUUUAGAUCAGAACUGCAGAGAUUGUCGCAUGAGAAUAGCGUUACGCUUGAAAAGAUCAAAGACAACAAAGAGAAAAUCAAAAACAAUCGCCAACUGCCCUAUUUGGUGUCUAAUGUGGUGGAGAUCAUGGACAUGGACGAGUUGGAAGACGCACAACAACGUGAAUCGGCAACCCAGGGUGGCAAUGUCAACCUGGAUAAUACGGCAAGUGGUAAGGCAGCCGUGGUCAAGACCUCCUCGAGACAGACUGUGUUUCUACCUAUGGUAGGGCUCGUUGAUCCUAACACUUUAAAGCCCAAUGACCUGGUUGGUGUCAAUAAGGAUUCUUAUUUAGUGCUGGACACACUGCCUUCCGAGUUUGACUCGCGUGUUAAAGCCAUGGAGGUGGACGAAAAACCCACAGAAACCUACUCAGACGUCGGUGGUCUUGACAAGCAGAUUGAAGAACUGGUUGAAGCUAUCGUGCUUCCCUUGAAACAGGCUGAGAAGUUCACAAACAUGGGAAUUAGGGCCCCCAAAGGUGCUCUUAUGUACGGUCCUCCAGGUACCGGGAAAACCCUUUUAGCAAGAGCCUGUGCUGCUCAGACAAAUGCCACCUUCCUGAAACUGGCGGCUCCACAACUAGUUCAAAUGUUCAUCGGAGAAGGUUCCAAGCUGGUGCGUGACGCAUUUGCCUUGGCCAAAGAAAAAGCUCCCACAAUCAUCUUCAUUGAUGAAUUGGAUGCCAUUGGUACAAAGCGUUUUGACUCCGAAAAGUCUGGUGACAGAGAAGUGCAAAGAACCAUGUUAGAACUCCUCAACCAAUUGGACGGUUUUGGUUCUGACGACAGAGUAAAAGUUCUAGCAGCGACCAACAGAGUAGAUGUUUUGGAUCCAGCUCUGUUGAGAUCUGGUAGACUGGAUAGAAAGAUCGAAUUUCCACUACCUUCCGAAGACUCAAGAGCUCAAAUUCUACAAAUUCAUUCCAGAAAAAUGACAACAGACGAUUCUAUAAACUGGCAAGAACUAGCAAGAUCAACGGAUGAAUUCAAUGGUGCUCAGCUGAAAGCGGUAUCAGUCGAAGCUGGGAUGAUAGCCCUGAGAAAUGGGCAAAGCCAAGUUAAACACGAGGACUUCGUCGAAGCCAUUGGCGAAGUACAAGCAAGAAAGUCCAAGUCUGUGUCAUUCUAUGCCUAA